AUGCCGCCGACGGGGGAGAACGACCCGGAACUGCUCUACACUCGCUGGGGGAGGAGUGCUGCACAUCGCAACACGCUUGUGACUGUGAAUGAGUUUGUCGCCUUGCACGGACCGACUCCGCUCACCAGCGUCAUUGGUUUUCAUCCGUGGAGACUUUUCCCUGAUGCCAUGCACAUUCUCCACUUAGCUGUGAUACCAGAUGCGGUCGUUGCGAUUUUCUUGCAAUACACGGAUGAUGAGUCGAUUUUCUCUGGAAGCAAACGUGAUGAUAGGCUGGAGAAUCUUUGGCAGCUUUACAGGUCUUGGUGCGAGGAGGGAAACGUAUCGGAGCGUGCGCAGAGGAAACUUUUCAGCACUGCCAUCCUCAAGAACAAUCAUUACGUGGAGAUAAGCCAAAAGGUGAUGAACGCCACAGCUUGCAGAUACAUGGUUUUUUUCCUCGCUGUGUUGGGCGAGAUGGUACUUCAGAAGCUGGGUCCGCAGGCUAGCAACUUCCACUACUGGAUUGCAGGGGUCUGCUGGGCGUUUGCUUCCAUGGAGCGAAUCAUGUUGCAAGGCGGCCGAUUCUUGACUCAGCCUCAAUGCGAAUGCUUUUACAAUGAUUACCUCGUCAUGCGAGGAGGCUACAAUCAUCUGGCGCAGCGCGCCUUGAGCCUGCAAUUGCCAAGGUGGCACUGCAGGCCCAAACUACACCAAUGGGAGCACGCAGUGCUGGACUACCUCCCGAGAAAUCCGCGUUAUUGCUCCAACUUUCUCGGAGAAGAUUUUGUACGACGUGCCAAGACUCUGGCGCUGCAGAGUCAUGCCAACUGGAUGUCACGGCACGUGUUGCUGCGAUAUGUACUGCAGUUCUGCUUGGCAUGGCGGGAGUGA